AAACAGUUUUGUGAAGUACUCUCUAAAAACAAAUUUAGUACUAUUUCUUUCUGACAUUUAAGGAAACUUCCUGCUAUUGCAACUUGAUGUACAUGUUCUUUCUUUUGUAGUGUGUUCGUCAAGUAAUAUGGCACCAAAAAAAAAUGUAGAUAGCCCGGCUGCCAAGGAGCAAAAAAAGAAAUCUGCUUCAACAUCAAGCUCAGCAAAACCGAAAACUCCCAUAUCUAAAGGUAACGUAAAAGCAACUGCAACAUCUAAGGUCGAAAAGAAGGAUAAAAAAAAAAUUGUCAAGUUAUCCUCUCCUUUACCAAAAAUUGCAACAAAACCUUUGAAAAAAAAUGUGGAAAAAAAAACGAAAGUUAUUAAGAAAGCAGAUUCGAAAAACCUUUCUAAAGCUGCCGUUAGUAAAACAGCUUUAAAGACAUCGAAUGCGAAAAUUGGUGUUAAAAAAAAGCAAGCUCUUAAAACAUCUUCCACGAAAUUACCCAAGGGUGCAAUUAAAGUGAAAGCUAUUGCCGUUGUUAAGGCUAAAAAAUGUGCAACUAAAGUAAUUAAAGGUGCUUUCGGAACUAGGACAAGAAAAGUACGGACUAGCGUAACUUUCAGGCGUCCCAAAACAUUAAAAUUACCCAGGAAUCCAAAGUAUCCAAGAAAAUCAGUCCCAUCAAGAAACAGGAUGGACGCCUAUAAUAUAAUCAAAUAUCCAUUAACAACAGAAGCUGCAAUGAAGAAAAUCGAGGAUAAUAAUACGCUCGUAUUUUUGACGCAUCUUAGAGCUAACAAAAAUCAUAUUCGAGCAGCAGUUCGAAAAUUAUAUGACAUCAAGGUCGCAAAAGUAAAUAUCUUGGUAAGACCUGAUGGCCAAAAGAAAGCCUAUGUAAGAUUGGCUAGAGAUUACGAUGCAUUAGACAUCGCUAAUAAAAUUGGCAUCAUAUAAUUUGAUUAAAAAAUAAAUAUCAAAAUGUUUCUUAAAUCAUUUUGCUUUUGUAUAAUGACAGUAACAUUAAAACGAAUUAAAAUUAUUGAGAAUAUACAUAUGUACAUUUCA